UUGUUGCCCUAAAAUUCCAAAAUUCCAAAAUCUAGUCUGAAAAUCUAAGACCCAAGUCAAAAGCUCACAGGUCUCUCUAACUGACCCACCCCACACGGCCGCACCGCCACAGCCAUAUUCCUCAAAAUCUCGAGUCCAAAGCCCUCCGAAUCGCAGAUCCAAACCCGCAGAUCCCAGACUCCCGCCCGCUGCAAUGGCGAAACUGAAACAGUAGCGAGCGAAAGCAAAAAAGUCUCCGAGCUCAGCUGAAUAGAUUGUGUGGGGCUCCAGUGGCGGCGGCGGCGAUGAACUCCCUCAAAGGCAAGCUCCUUCUGCUCUGCUUCCUCUUCAUUUUGUCAUCUCCAUCCCCUGUUUCUAAGCUUUUCGUCCAAUCUACCGAAACCGAAACCGAAACUAAAUCCGAAAUCGAGCUCAAUCCGCAACAGCUGGUAUUGCAGAGGCUCGAGGAAGUAGUGAAGAACCUAACCGAAAUAGUCGCGAGAUUAGAAUUCAAAUUACAAUCGAAUCAUCCGAAAAAACCUGCUCCGAUUGACGAGGGUUUGACUUUGGCGGUUGACGAAAAGGAAAGCCAGAAGCUGAUCAAGCAGGUUGAAGAAGAAGAGGGGUCUGGUUCCGAUCGUCAAAUUGGAGAAAGGGCGAGGCCAGUUUCGGUAACAAAAUACAGCCCGUUCUGGUCCGACCGGUUUCAGUUCGUUUCCGCGGUGAAAUUGGAUUCCCAGGCCACGUGUAUUCACGUCCUGCCGUUUCGGGAUUUCGAGGGGGUAACAAAAUAUGUUGCCGUCGGAGACGAGAGAGGGAGGGUUUAUGUGUUUGUUAGAAACGGCGACGUUUUGGUGGAGUUUGAUACGUUGCUGGGGUCUCCGAUCAUGGCCAUGGCUUCCUUCUUGUCGGUUUACAAGAAUGAGAGUUUCGUGGUCACUGGGCAUCAAAACGGUGUCAUUUUGAUGCAUAGGGUUUGGGAGGGAGCGAGUGGGGAAGAUUGGAGCUCGCUUUUAAUGGAAACCGUGACGAAAUUCAACACGGGCGGAGAAGGGUUGCCGGUUACGAUUUUGGAAGUGCACCAUGUUGGGAGGUUGAGUUAUGUGUUGGCUAGUGAUGUGAGUGGGAAGAUUUCGGUUUACCGAGAGGAUGGUUCGGUUCACGGCUCCACAAUGCCGUCGAGCAGGCCGCUUGCUUUCUUGAGGCAGCGGCUUUUGUUCUUGACGGAGACGGGUGCAGGGUCUUUGGACCUGAAGACCAUGAAAGUUCGGGAGAGUGAGUGUGAAGGGUUGAACCGUUCGCAUUCUCGGUACUAUGUUUUUGAUGCCACGGAGCGGUCCAAGGCAUACGGGUUUACAUCCGAAGGCGAUCUGAUUCAUGUUUUGUUGUUGGGGGAUAUAAUGAACUUCAAAUGCAGGGUUAGGUCCAAGAGGAAGUUUGAGAUUGAUGAGCCUCUCGCUUUUCAGGCAAUUAAGGGGUGUUUGCUUAUUGUUGGCGGGGAGAAGGUUUUCGUGUACAAUGUUUCGACUCAGCAUUACGUUAGGGUUGGUGCGCCUCGGAUUAUUUUCUCCGCUGGUCUUGAUGAGAUUAGGUCAUCGUUUCUCAAUCAUCAGACGGUGGACGCAGAGAAGAGAAAUGUGAUACCUUUAAUCGCAAGUGACAGGGAAAGGCUUGUUGUGCUUGGCCUUGGCGGAGGGUAUGUUGGAAUGUAUCGUUCUAACCUUCCGGUAUUCAAAAACGAAUUUAACACAAUGCUAUGGACCAGCCCUGUAUUUUUCUUUGUACUUUUCCUAUUCGGAGCGUGGCAAUUUUUCGCGAAGAAAAAGGAAGCGCUCACUUCAUGGGGACCGGAUGAUCCUUUUACAUCAACAUCUGCUACAAUGGGAGCUCCAUUGGGGGGAAGUAACACCGGAGACAGGUCGUUUGGGGAAGGGUCUUCGAGAGGUGGUGGCCUAAGAGGACCGUCGAGGAGGUAUGUGUCUCCUCCUCCCCGGUAUGCAGGCGGAGCAACCAGUUCAUACAGGCCAGGUACGGCGGAUCAUAACCCUAGACCAUCAUCUGUCGAUCCUAAUUUUAGAACAGCUUCAGAGCUAAAGUUUAGAGGUUCGGGGUUAGAAUCUUCGGGUUUUCCGAAACGGAGGGAGAAUUUGUUUGUAAACAACCAAGCGAAGGAUGAUAGCAGCUGACCCGUGUGAUCAAAUUUCAUCAACUUGUAUUUUGUUACUUGAGAAGUUGGUUUAAGAUUUAGUUGUUAGACCAAUUCAUUUGGCAAGUCAGGGCCAUUUGAACUUCCCACUACGUUGUAUUUUGUAACGCGACUUCAACUUUUGAAUAAAACAAUAAAACUAUAGAAAGGAAUAUAUAUUUAUGAUCAACAA